AUGUGAGUGUAUGGAAAUGUGUGGUCUUGCAUAUGCUUGAGCAUGUUUGUCACUAGGGACUAGAUGAAAUUUAGUGCCAGCGAAUGAGGGAAUAUUCCUGGUUGUCAUGUGACCGUGUGAUGUCAGGAAAGAGAGAGAGAGCGAGAGAGCAAGAUGCAAUUUAUCCCCACAGCUGAUCUGUGCAGUGCUCAGAGAGGAAGCAAGACAACCAGACACACAUUCGCUCUUAUCUGACUCCUCUUGCCUCACUUGUUAAGACAUGCAAAUACACAUUGCAUGCACGCACUCCUCACCCAUUGGCACAAUCGCGCACACAAACCAAUUCAAGGCAACACUUUAAAAAGGAUGUUUUUUUUCCCCUUCUUUCUUUAAGCUCUAACAAUUAGAGCAUUUCACCCUACUGGACAAGAUCCUAAUGACCCUAAGUGGAUACUAAAAAGCAAGAAGAAGACAAAGACGAAGAAGGACUUAAACAACAGAAAAGACUAAGGAGUUAAACAACAAAACUGCUCGAGAAAGGACGGGGACGCCAACAGGAAAAUGUCCUUUUUGUCUGGCUCACAGUGGCAGCAGCCUGGCAUUAUUGCUGGUAACAACGGGUGCAGACAACCAUCGGGUGGGCAUCAACAGCAGCCACAGACACCUGUAAUUACCCUCUCAGCUGCCAACAUCCCUGCUGUCCUGGCCUCCGCUCCACUGUCACCCUUGACAUUGUCCUCUGCACACCAUAGUGGCUCGCAUGACCCAGGCCAGGUGGCACCCGAAGGAAAGGUUGCUACCACCCCUUUCGAUGUGACUUUAACUGAAGAGGAAUUGAGAUUAGGGUGUGGCAAAACAUCCUCUGGAAUUACACUAGAGACCCUGGGUCUAAAUCUGCCUGUGGUGAAGGUAGAGGAUAACAAACCAACAGGUGGGAGACUGAAGGAGGGAAAACAAAAGGAAGGAGUUUCACUAGGGAGUGCAGGAGACACUCCCAGCAGUCCUUUUUCUCCCUAUUCCUCCCCUUCCUCUUCAUUAACUUCUCCUUCUGUCUCACCUGGGAAAUUAUUCAACUCCGCACUGGAACCUAUGCCUGGAUCAAAUGUUAAAUUUGGACCAAACCUUUUACAGCAGAACUUGAACUGGUCUCUCCCAAGCAGAGAUGGAGUUUUCAUUCAGCAAUACCAGGAAGUUAGACAAGAACAGGGCACACCUAUUCCUCCAAAACACGAAUUUGUGUCUGAGGAAGCAAGUGCCAGCUCAUUUUCAGGAGAUAAAUCUAAUUGGGGAAAUACUCUUUGUUCUUCUUUAUUUUCAUCUUCUUCACCUUUAGGGGGGCAAAAUCCUGAUAAAGAACCUGCUGCUCAGUCUAUAUCUAACCUAACGGGAAGCAACAUGGCCUCAUUUCCAAGGCUUUCAGUAGUCCCUGCCUCAUCUAAUCAGGCUAAUAUCAUUGGGGCGGGCAGAGUGAUGGAAAAAGGAAACUCAAAUCAUACUGAAAAGGUGAAGUUGUGCGCUCCACCUUGCACAGGUGGCACAGAAAGUAAGGAUGCAAUAUCACAAGAGUCAAAUUGCAUUGAAGACUGGAAAGUAGCAUCAGGUGUUACUGUAAACAGUGAGACAAAAAAUCGUCAUGCCAACGAGCUGCCGCAGCGAAGUGUGGUCAGACGGGCAAUGUCUGAUUGCUCACACCUCUCUGUUCCCACAUUAAAUGCUGAAAUAUUCCUGAACAGUAUGCGAGGCUCAUCAGAGAUAGCGCCGAUCAGGGUGCCCUACCCACACAUGGUGGUCCGGCGCUCGCUUACAGUGACAGAUGCCACGGAAGCUUCAGCUGCAAUGGCAUCGAUGUUGUCAUCUCCAUUAAUGAUAUCACCUGUGUUACCGUCAUCUCCACCACCUAGGAGACAUCAUGGGAGCUGCGAGACCAAUGUUUUAAUUUCUGUGCCAACCCCAUCAGUGAAAGUUGACAAGGACAAGCAGGAGAAGAAAGACAUCUUGUCCAGCAAGACAGAGAAGAUGGAUGCCUUUGACAAGAAGGAGAAAGCGGAGCAGCAGAACAAAGACAAUUGCCCUGACAAGAACCUGAAGCCUGACAAGAUUUUCAAAGAUGAAGGAAAGAUGGACAAGAUGGAUGCUGAGAAAAACAACAAGGUCAGUGAGAAGGCAGAGAAGACAGACAAGCCAGAGAAAACGAACAAAGAAGAUAAGAAAGAAGAGGAAAAGAAGCCGACUGAGAAAAAGAAUGAGAAAGGAGGAAAAGGGAUUGCCAAGUCUCCAACAGGCAAUGGCAGCAAGACCCUGCAAAGCCCUGACAGCAAGAGCAAGACUGAGGUGGUUUCGACCAAAACAAACUCAUUUAAAUCUCGCCCAUCCACCCUCCACACCAAUGGUGAAGCCACCUCAGUCAAACGCCCCUCCCCAACCAUGACUCCAGCCAGUAAAAAAAGCCCUCUGCCCAAGGCAGCAACCCCCACUGCUGCUAAGAGCUCUCCAAUUGCACCUGGAUCUGCAAAAAUUCCAGAAAGUGGAGCAGCUGAGAAACGCCCAGCUGCGCAAAAGACUAGUCCUACUCCCCGUUCAGUUGCCAAUAAGAACAAUUCCUCUGCUUCUACUGGGACCAAAACCGCUGCAAACAAGAAUGACAAGACUGAGAACAAGUCAGGAGAGGCCAAGAAAACCAAACCUACAGCUCGUCCACGUCCCAGUUCCACCACGUCCCCGACGACUCCAGCUAACACAGCCAACGGUGAAGCCGCUCCCACCCAACGUCGCAGGGUCAUCACCAAGCCUCCUGUUCCUAAGCAAACUGCUCUGGAAAAGAAGCCAGCGGUGCCCCGUGCUCCUCGAACCCUCAGGCCCAUCAACGCGCCAACACCAGACCUGAAGAACGUCCGUUCCAAGAUCGGGUCCAUUGACAACAUUAAGUACCAGCCUGGCGGAGGAAAGGUUUCUUCCAUACAGAACAACAAGACAGCAGACCCCUCCAAUCCUUCCACCAAGGCCAGAGUUCAGAUAGUGCACAAAAAGCUGGACUUCAGCCAUGUCACGUCUCGCUGUGGCUCCAAGGACAAUAUCAAACAUGUCCCUGGAGGUGGCAAUGUGCAGAUCCUGAACAAGAAGGUCGAUGUGAGCAAGGUCACGUCCAAGUGCGGCUCCAAGGACAACAUCAAGUACAAGCCAGGUUGUCUCUCGUCCGUGCGCACGUGUGUCUGCGUAUUCUCUAACCAAUCAAAAACGUUUCUUCUAUUCUGGUCUCAUAUUAACACAUUUAACGCAGGUGGUGGUGAUGUGAAGAUUGAAUCUCAUAAGCUUAACAUUAAGGCAAAGUCCAAGAUUGGUUCACUGGACAACGUGGGCCAAGGCAAUGCACAGACAAAUGGACACAAGGAGGAGAGAGGAGAGGAAAAGACACCGUCACUUCCAAACGCGGGACCAGCAGGCGUUGCCAAGGCAACGACGGCACCAGGAGGUGUUGCAAAGGAAAAUGGGGUUAAGGAGCCCAUGCCUCGUCCUUUUGGGGCGGACGGUGUGAGAGACCCCCUUGGUACUGACAGGCGCAUUGCUGAGAAAAAUUGAAUCUCAGCACAAGAGUUCUGGUGGGGUACACCAAGCGCUCGCCGGUUGACCAACCAACCUUCCAUGGUCACUUCCCUUUGGCCCUGCCCUCCAUCUCGCCUCCUGCAGCACCAAGCUGAAAGUCCGCCUCUUAGUGUUUCUCUGGGCUCCACUGCCUGCCAGUACACCAACCCUGACCUUCGAUGCCAGUCGGUUGACCUUUGGCUCACCCCACCAUAGAGAAGAGCACUUGAUGUUUGUCUGUGAAACUUCUGUCUCAUAGCACUGACGUAGAGGACGUAAAUGCCAUUCUGAAAUCCCAUCACUGUACACCCCAACGCUUCAAAUAAAUAUUUUUAGUUGGGCAUAUUUUCCAUAAAGUAACUUCACCUACAUUAGUAAUUUACUCACCAAUCCACUGAUCCACCAACCAGUAGCAAAUGACUUUGAUGUUCACAUCCAUUCAGCCAGCGCCACACCUUCCUAACCAGGUGAGGCUUACCUAUGAAGCCUGCUGGAGAGCAAAUGACGCAUCUGCUUUGAAUGGACGCACGUAUCCUUUUAGCCAACAAUUCGUGAUUUGUAAAUCUACGGUAACUCCAAGCGCUGCACUUUGUGUCACUGUAGGUAACGAGAGCUUGCUUAGCAUCGUCUCUAUGGAAUCCCUUAUGCCCGCAGUUACUCAUUGGUAUCAGUAUCACGGGGGUAAAAGCUGUCGAGGAUGAGGAUUGAACAGGUUAAUACAGUCAGGAGUAAAGGAGGUAAAGGUCAUUUUUAAAGCAAUAGGAGAGUAGUUUUUUGGAAUUCCUUUGCGCGUAACGCUUUUGGUAUAACAUAGCUAUAACAGACCAGGUAGACGGAGUUUGUCGUCAAUUGCGUGACUUGUACUUAAAGGUGGAACUUUGUGCAUCUGUAUUGAACUGCUGCGUCACCCUAAUUUAGCUGCAUUUGAGUUGUGUUUAACCCGGGAGUUAAUCUGCUCGCUGCUGCACUUGUUCAAACUGCAUUUCAUAUAAAUUGUCACCGGAAACCGUAAUAUUCAGUAGGCUGUAUGUGAUAAUUGUCUAUUGAUACACGACUUAACUGUCGGCUGUUUUGUGUUUGGUGAAUGUUUCAGCAUUGCUGAACUGUUGGCUCAUGCGCAGUAUAUUCUUGCGUUCUACUGAUUAAAGUGUGUGCAGCA